AUGCUUUUCUAUCUGACAACAUUGAAUCUUGCGAGAUUCUUAAAAGAGGAUCCUCCCUUUAUUGGAGAGGAUGAGAUAGAUGUGCAAACUCAGCAAGCAAUUGACGCUUGGAAGCACGCUGAAUUCCUGUGUAGGAAUUAUCUUCUGAAUGGCUUAUCAGACACUCUGUAUGGUGUGUACAGUGUGAAGAAAACAGCCAAAGAAUUGUGGAACUCUUUGGACCACAAAUAUAAGGCUGAAGAUGUUGGCGCCAAGAAAUUCUUGGUUGGUCAAUUCUUGAACUUCAAGAUGGUAGACUCCAAGAAUGUGAUAAGCCAAGUGCAAGAGCUUCAAUUAAUCAUCCACGGGAUCCAUGCUGAAGGAAUGGUUUUGAGUGAAUCAUUCCAAGUAGCUGCAAUUAUUGAGAAGCUACCCCCUGCAUGGAAAGACUUCAAGAACUAUUUGAAGCACAAGAGAAAGGAAAUGAGUGUUGAAGAUCUCAUUCUCAGACUUCGCGUUGAAGAGGAUAACCAAGGUAAUGAGAAGCGAACCUUGAAUCCUAAUGCUUCCAAGGAAAACUUGAUGGAGCAUGAUAGAGGCUCAAAGGGGAAGAAUCCUAAGCACAAGCAAGGGCCCAAGUUGGGACCGAAAGGUGGAAUUGCAAAGAAGCCAAAGUUCCAAGGGAAGUGCUUUAACUGUGGCAAGAUGGGACAUAAAUCAUCUGAGUGA